AUGAGCUACGUUUAUUGGAAACUGAUCAGGAGUCGACAAAAUAUACAACAAGAGCAUAGCUAUGUCUGCAAUGAUAGUCCUAUAUCACAUAAACCUACACAGAAUGAAGGAGAAAACGGUGUAGAUCUCAAUGAAAUGUUGGAAAAUAACAUGCCUGAUUUGGAUACAAGCUACCUGGAUAUUUCAAAAAUGGAAAUUGUGUACGACUUUCCAAAUAUUUCAUUUGAUACCAGCAAAUCACAAGAACCUAGUCUAACAGAUUCAAUAUUAGAUGAUGGUGAUAGUGUUCAAUUAUCUGGUGCUAUUGAAAUUACAGAUAAUAUUGGAAGAAUGAUGGUAGAAAAUGGAACUAACCAUGCACCAGAUGAUCUUAACUCUUUUCAAUUGUUCCUCAUCUGGAAAUGGAAGAGCAUGAG